AUGGAGCGCGCAAAGAAGCCCCCAGCCAUUCCCGUCUCCUCUCCUCUCCCACAGCCCACCAUCACCAUCUCCGUAGAAGAAGACAAGGUCCAAGCGUCGUUAGCAUCCGGUGAAUCCGUCACCGUCAACCUACUUGGCGCGACUGUCGUUGCGUGGAAACUUGCCGAGGGCGAGGAACAGCUAUUCCUAAGCCAGAAGGCUGUUUUGGAUGGCUCCAAACCUAUCCGUGGGGGUAUCCCAUUGGUUUUUCCUGUUUUUGGUCCCCCACCUAAAGACCAUGCAACCUCCGCGCUUCCCCAGCACGGCUUUGCUCGCAACGCAUAUUGGGAAUUCCUAGGGAAAUCGACUUCUGAAUCAGAGGGGCAGGAUGGUGAUAGCAGUGUUAAGCUUGACUUUGGCUUGUCGACAAGCAUGUUGAGCGAUAAAUUCAAGAGCGAUUGGCCGUAUGAAUUUGGCCUCGUGUACAGUGUUACGUUGAGCAAGGACAGCCUGGGUACGACGCUGCAGGUCCGGAAUAAGGGAGAAAAGCCGUUUGAUUUCCAGGUUUUGCUCCAUUCGUACUUUAAGGUUGAGGACAUCGCAAAAAUCCGCAUUCUAAACCUCCAAUCAAAAACAUACGUCGACAAAGUCCUCAACGCAUCAACGCACGUCGAAUCUUCGCCGGCCCUCGCAAUCACCCAAGAAACAGACCGGGUUUAUCAAUCCCUUGAUCCCAAGGUUCCCAUCGUCAUCGCAAACGGAGAUGAUAACGACAGCUCACUCUUCUCCAUCUCACGCGAAUCUCUUGAUGACAUCGUAGUCUGGAACCCGUGGAUCGAGAAGGCGAAGGGAAUGGCUGAUUUCGCUCCGGAUGAUGGGUAUAAGAAUAUGAUAUGUGUUGAGGCGGGGUCUGUUGUGAAAUGGCAGACGCUGGAAGCGGGCGAGUCUUGGGAGUGCGGGCAGGUUGUGAAGAGUAGGCUCUGA